GUGUGAGAGUGUGCAACCCGCCUCCCAAAACCCUUACCCUGUUUAAGAUCAAACUGUGAUUUUCUCUACCCUAUUUAUGAUCUUACAAAAAUUUCGAUACCCUAUUAAACACCUGACCUGCCUUAUAAUCAGUUGCCUAGUUUAGAUCGGUGUUAAAGGCAUUGUGUAAGGCUUUUAUUGAUGGUCUCAUCGAUAAUGAUGAAAAAGUAGUUUCUUCUAAAAACGUGCCCAAUUCAAGACUAGAGUGCAAAAACCAUAACAUAUUUGAGACCAAAAUGGCCGAAAUCGAUAUCCUAUUUCUGACGAAAACGACUAAAAAACCAUACCCUUUGGGGCCUUGAGACCAAAAUGGCCGAAAUCGAUAUCCUAUUUCUGACGAAAACGACUAAAAAACCAUGCCCUUUGGGCAUUAACUGAUGAAGAGUGGUUAUAAUGACCCAUCAAAAUCUAAGUAUUGGAAAGUGGUGAAAACUGUUUUGAGUCACCUUAAAUCAUUAUUCACUCGACAACGUUAGCCGGAAGUUUAGUCGUACCGUGGAGAAAUGGUUAAAUCUUAGACAUCUCUCUUAAAAUGGAAGUUCGCAUAUUUAAAAUUGUUAACGAAUAUUUCCUUACAGACUGCCUUAAAAGCCUUGGGGUAUCGACAAACAGCCGUAUUCCUGACGCUGAUAUGACAGCAUCCACCUCAUAUGAUUCUAAACACGCGCCGUUGGGAGGUCGUCUGAAUUUUCAAGCUCAGGUUAACUCUGCGGGACAAACCACUCAGAUCGGAGGUUGGGCUGCCCUACAUAAUGACCAAAAUCAGUAUCUCCAAAUCAAGUUUGGCCAGAUUUUUCAGAUAACUGGAGUGGUCACUCAAGGCAGAGCGGACGCUGCUCAAUGGGUGAAGAGCUACAAACUCGAAUACAGCACCGACGGAUCAACUUGGACUUACUAUCCAAACACCCUUACUGGCAACAAUGACCAGGACACAGAGGUUCGUAAUGAAGUCAGAAUGUUUCAAGCUUUGUACCUCAGGUUUAGACCACAGUCAUGGCAGGCACAUAUCUCGAUGAGAGUUGAGGCUUAUGGCUGCCCACUGCGUAAGUACUUCAUGUAAUAUAUCAAACACGAAAGACCGUGUUUGACCACAU